GCCGCAGGUCGUCUGCUCGGUGUAAUAGCGACGUGAAGACGAAAAAGUUCUAGAGUGCUGAACAGCCCUUAGCCGCCGGAAAAAUCUCAGUCAGUGAUAGUUCGAAGGAACAAAAAGCUGAAGAUGUUCGGUUUAAAGUUUGCUCAGCGAUCCGCUCAAUUCACGGGUCUGCGACAGUAUACCACUACGCGCGAGGCGCUGAAGAUUGGAAAGCACACGAAGCUCAUCUGCCAGGGGUUCACCGGGAAACAGGGAACUUUCCACUCAAAACAAUCCAUCGAGUAUGGAACGAAUUUCGUCGGUGGUGUGUCGCCCGGAAAAGGCGGACAAACCCACCUUGGCAAACCAGUCUUCAAUUCCGUGAAAGAGGCUGUUGAGAAAACUGGCGCCACUGCAUCUGUUAUCUUCGUCCCACCUCCCGUUGCCGCGAAAGCCAUCGAGGAAGCGAUGGAUGCUGAAAUCUCCCUCGCUGUCUGCAUCACCGAGGGCAUCCCUCAGCACGAUAUGGUCAAAGUGAAGAAUCGUCUUCUCUCCCAAAAUAAAACCCGGCUCGUCGGUCCGAAUUGUCCCGGAAUCAUCAAGCCCGAAGAGUGCAAAAUCGGAAUCAUGCCAGGUCACAUUCACCAGAAAGGGAAAAUCGGAAUCGUUUCUCGAUCCGGCACCCUCACGUAUGAAGCUGUCCAUCAGACCACUCACGUUGGUUUGGGCCAAUCGCUUUGCGUCGGAAUCGGAGGAGAUCCUUUCAACGGCACGAACUUCAUCGACUGUCUCGACAUCUUCCUUCGUGACCCAGAGACGAAAGGGAUCAUUCUCAUCGGAGAAAUUGGAGGGAGUGACGAAGAGAACGCGGCUGCCUUCCUUAAGGAGAACAACAAAGGAGCGAACGCCAAGCCUGUCGUGUCGUUCAUCGCCGGAUUAACGGCGCCGCCCGGACGAAGAAUGGGUCACGCCGGUGCUAUCAUCGCCGGUGGCAAAGGAGGAGCUCAAGAGAAAAUCGAAGCUCUCAAAGAGGCUGGAGUGCACGUCACCAAGAGUCCGGCUCAGAUGGGAGCCACAAUGAUCCAGGAAAUGACGAAACGCGGACUUGCGUAAAUCUCUAACGACCUCCGCCUUGUCAGUCCUGUGCAAUCGAUCCAUUGAGUCCUCGAUUUUUCUGUUUUCCGAAAGCACUGCUCUGGUAUGUCAGUUGGGAAGUGCGGAUUAGCGACAUCAAUAACGAAGUCUCAUGUCUCGACAAUGCCAUGACAGUCACAGUCUCUCGGCGGGGUACGUGGGUCCGGAGAAGUUUUACGAAAAAAAGUUUGAGCCAUGAGAAGAAAAUAUGUGAACGAGUUUCUGAUCGGCGUCUCUAGGCUUGCGUUCAAGCCCGGUGAAUUAUUCCAUGUUCCCCAUGACUCAUGCUUGUGUCUUCCUCCCUGCUCCCACCCGAUUGAAUAAUUCCUGUCAAAACUGACUCUAUCCUCUACGAUCCAGCUGACAGCAUGGUGAGAUUUUCGAAAUGUUGAUAACAGCAGCCAAAACGACUCCGAGAGCACAAAUGAAACAAAGAGGGAGUUUCCGGAUGGACCGAGCUACGGAGUGUUGGGCGAAAAACAGAAGUGAGAGCGUGAAUGCGGAGAAACAAAUGAAUAAAUGUUUUUUAAAAUACCUGGAAUAA